CAACUAUAGCGAUACUAGAAUUUAUCACUGAAUCAUUAGUUUUGACGCUACCUAAAUUCUGAUUCAUACCGACAAAUACCAUUUUAUAUUAAUCGUUAGUUGUUUUAUAUGCUGUUAUGUCAUCAAUCAUAAAAAGCUUUUUCACGAAAUUGCGUAAUCUUAAUGAUCUGUUUCCGGACGCCGGCAAAAACUUAGAGUUAAAAUUUCAAACAGAAAUUGUGGAAAUUUUAGAUGAUCCAAAUAAUAACCCAGGUUUAAAUGUACUCAAAAAAAUAUUUACAAACGCGCAGUUCGACAUUGAUGACGGAGAAGUUUUUAUGAACAAAAUAUCAAUUAAAGAAAUUGAAUGUUUAUUACGGAAAGGGAAUUUGCGGGAGUUUAAUGAUUUAUUACAUAUAUCUCAGGAGGUAACUGCUCAUGAAGAGAAAAGUUUUCAAAAUUUGUUAUUAUCCGAAGUUCCCGAUAUUCAUAUUCUUAAGUUUGGUGAAAAAUAUAAAAAAGCGCAAAUAGAACAUCCAGAUCUUGAUGUAUUUGUCGGAUCAUCUAAUGAAAUACAAAAGAAAUUAACAAAUGCAGCUAAGAAAAAAUUUGAUAGAUAUUUGAAUCGUUUACGAGAUUUGAAGUCAAUUGAUGGAAUUAUUGAUGGUCUUUUCGCAAAAAUGAGAGUUGAUGGUAAUUUAGAGGAUAAUAUUGCUAAAGCUUCAGUUUCACGUCAAGGCUGUUACUUGGUUAAAAAAGAUGCGCAUGGAAUUACAUCUUGUAAGUUAAUAAAUCGGUCUUGUGUGCAGAGUAAUCUAUAUGAAAAGAUUCCUGAUAAAAUUACUUCUGUUGUAAAUUCAUUGCAGUACAAUUUACAAGUAUAUUUAUAUAAAGCCAUGAAUGACGGACCGGAAAAACAAAAGUUGAAAACGAAUUUGAGUUUGGACGAAUCUGAAUGUAAGGUGGAAAAUAUACCAUAUCUUAUAUCAAAAUAUGAAUCACAACUUUGGAAGAACUGUUUCGAAUCUCAAUUAUUGAAAAAUUCAGCUGUACAAAGAUCUAUACCUUCUCUUUGCAAUGAUAUUUUCAAAACAAACAAAGAAGAUGCAUGUAUUUCUUGCUCUCCAUGUGCUCCAAGGAAUUCGAUAAAUUAUGUCAAUACAUCGAAAUUGCCCUUUGAUAUGACUAUGCUGUGUGUCAAAAGAGCAACAUUGCUUGAGGUUCUUCUUGACAUGGGUGUUGAUUUGAGUACAAGCAUUUGUGUAAUAGUAUGAGGUUUUACGAAUCGAAGACUUUGAUUGUUGAAAAAACAAUUUG